UUGUAAUAAAACUGCGUAAAUCAAGUGCGAUAACUGUACGAACGGCAUGUGUAUUGGACCCAAUAUGUGUAAAUGCAAUAUCAAUUAUGAGAAAACCUCGACUGACGACUGUGUGCCCGUCUGUAAGCCAGCCUGCAAGAAUGGUGAAUGCAUUGCGCCGAAUAAAUGUAGGUGCUCACAAGGCUAUUGCAAAAACGCACAUGGUGAGUGUGAACCGGUUUGCUCAAGCGGAUGUCCGAAUGGUCGGUGCGUCGCUCCUGAGACCUGUGAGUGCAACGAAGGGUAUUCACAGAACGCUCCAAAUAUAUGUGAUCCGGUUUGCUCAAGCGGAUGUCCGAAUGGUCGGUGCGUCGCCCCUGAGACCUGUGAGUGCAACGAAGGGUAUUCACAGAACGCUCCAAAUAUAUGUGAUCCGGUUUGCUCAAGCGGAUGUCCGAAUGGUCGGUGCGUCGCUCCUGAGACCUGUCACUGCAACAAAGGAUAUUCACUGAGCGCUACAAAUAUAUGUGACCCGGUUUGUUCAAGCGGUUGUCUGAAUGGUCGGUGCGUUGCUCCUGAGACCUGUGACUGCAAUAAAGGAUAUUCACUGAGCGCUCUAAAUAUAUGUGACCCGGUUUGUUCAAGCCGUUGUCUGAAUGGUCGGUGCGUCGCUCCUGAGACCUGUGACUGCAAUAAAGGAUUUUCACUGAUCGCUACAAAUAUGUGUGACCCGAUUUGAUCAAGCGGUUGUCUGAAUGGUCGGUGCGUCGCUCGUGAGACCUCUGACUGCAACAAAGGAUAUUCACAGAGCGCUCCAAAUAUAUGCGACCCGGUUUGCUUAAGCGGAUGUCCGAAUGUUCGGUGCGUCGCUCCUGAGACCUGUGACUGCAACAAAGGAUAUUCACUGGCAAAUGUGUGCGUCCACGAACAGAUAAGUUAAUAAAAUGAGCGCUUCUUUACUUUCAGAAAACCAACUUGGACUUAGAAGUAUAACUGGCAACGCGGACAUUGUUCGAGUGCUUUAGUGGGAACGGGUACUUUCGGACUUGGUUAUAUGGAUGAUAGUUUAGCGUUAUUAUUUGAGAUAACAUUCAUACUUGUAAUUCAGUAAUAUAAGUAAAGAAAGAGAAUUAAAAAGUGUGACAAAAUAUUCGUACAUCUUUUUUGAAGUUAAUAUUCAAGACAGUUAACCAGAGGUAAAUAUAUAUGUUAUACGAGAAGAAAAAUAGUUUCAUUGUGUUCAAGAAUCACGGCUUUUACGGCUACCAUUAAAAUUUAAUAAGCAGUAAGCGAUCACAGUGUUGGACUGGGAGCCUUCUCUGCUCUUUUUGGUAAAAGUUUUCAUGUCUUUUUUGGUUUCUUUUUCAUAUCUUUCAUUAAUGUAUAAGUAAGUCUCCUCAUUAUACGGGAAUUUAUU